CUCAAAAGUCGCGUAAAGCGACGGGCGUGACAUAAGGUAGGUAAUCCAGAUGGCUGGGCCUCGAUGGCCAGCAAUGAUUGGACAGGAAGGGUUGGGGCUUUGUUUGGCGCGCUAGGGCAGAAUCCAGCAAACGGCGGGCCAGUGCGCGCCUUCGAGAUGCCAAGACCUUCGACUAGAAGCAAGUCAAACGUCAUGCAAGACGGGAUAGGGGAACCCGAACCCUCGUGAACCACUCAUUCUCUCAAGUCCUCGAGUCGACAGUUCAAGCAGUUUCAGACAGGCCCUCGACACCCAUCUCGACUUAAUAGCUUUUCCGGCUCAAGCUUUAAAUUGGGCAGCAAACGCAAACAUGACCCGAAAGACUCGUCCCAUCCAACGGUUCGCUCAAGCUGUGUCAAAAUGCACUGCUGAGGCUACCGUAUAUGGUCAAUGUGUGGUUGCCGACUACAACUCCGUACACAAGAACCAAUGUGCCAGAGAAUUUAUGGCGUUGAAGAAUUGUUACCUAGCUGCCGCAAAACAGGGUAAAUAGAAAACAAAAAUAAAACCAAAAUUUCGCAGCAUUGAUACACUAUUCGUCUAACGUUGUUUCAUUGUGCUACACGCCUAAGCUACCGGAUAUCAUGAAACCUUUUCUUU